AUGCGUCUCUCGAAGGCUGUACAACCCGUUCUGGCCAUUUCCCCAGCCUCCUCAAUACCCUCUGAGGACUCUGCGGUCGAUUUUGAGGAGCCACCAUGGGAUGCAAGCAGCUCCAGUGACAACGAGUACAACGCCACCGCGCCACAGCAACCGACGAGUUGGAAAAACGUCCUCGCCGGUGCGAAACGUUUGAUUGCAUCAGCAGAAUCCUCACACCAUGCGGACAUACUUGCUGCUAUUCCUGCCGGUGUGGUGGCCCCUCAUCCAACAUGUCGUGACGUCAACUUUGACCCUGCAGUGGAUUGCGCCCUGGAUUCCGAUGAGGAUGAAGUCUAUGACGAGGACGACGAGGCAGAAUUCCCCCUGUUCGACCCACUUGGGAGUGAGGGUUUGGGCGCCACCGAAGAUGACCUCGUCGAAGUCGCUGAGGUAUUGUAUGAGGAGCCGUUCGACGCCGCUCAAGUCCGCUCGCUGGAUGUGCUGCACUACCUUGUCCAAUCGCUACCGUGA